AGCGCGUGUCCGAUCUUUCGAGGAGCCUAUCCCACUUCGAAGGCCUAUAAAAGAUGUCUCAAAGGGGACAGGACGACAGUGGCACGUGUGAAAACGACAUGUCGACGUCGAAAAACAGCUCGUUGUUGCGACUGAACCAGGAUGUUCGCCGUUGCUCUGGCGAUUGGCAGGAUCAGGACACCGAUUCCGAGAUCAGCGAGACUGAUUUCCUGACCAAAGGUGCCUUUUUGUUAACGCCUAGCCACGAGCUCAGUAUCGAGAAAGCGGCGACCAUUUGCGAGAAGAUGAACUUUCGUGGCACAUUCUCUCUGACGAAAACGGCCACGGGUAUACUCUUCAAGUUCAGCAACAUCGACGAUUUUCAGGCGGUCUACAAAAAGGGCUUCCACAAAGUCACCGGGGCACGUUUCUACAAGAAGGUCGCCAUACCAUGCAGACCCGCAAAGACAUUCACUGUCUACGUUUUGGACGUACCCGAAGAAUUACCCGAAGAGGAUAUUAGGCACGCUCUCUACAAGUACCGAUCUAUAGUGGAGGUAACACGCAUGCCUCUUAACACUGGCACUAUUUUGAAAGCGAUCAACGACAAGCUGAAAAGCGACUCUCACAACCAACACGAACCGGCUACCAUUUACACGGGUCCACCCGUUAUAAGGGUUACGUUGGCCAACGUGGAGGAGACCACGAUGCUGCUCAGCCGUGGCUUGGAUUUUUAUGGGGCCACAUAUUUCCCCACCGAAACGCCCUAUCCGGCUGCUCAACCCCUCGGCAAAUACAAAAACAACAGGUGGCUCGAGCUGGCAGCCAUUGGCGCCGGACAAAGAGUCAGGGACCUACUUCCGGUCUUCGACAACGCUGGCUUCAACAAAUUGCCACCUCCGGCCAGCCGUCUGAUAAAACCACAAAAAAACUGACACAUUCCUCGACUUCUUUCAUCCCUCCUUCGACAUUCCACUGGUUUAUCGUGCUUGACGACUUUAAGCUCUAUCCGAGCAGAAACAAAAGCGUUGAAAAUUGAUUUAGGAGGAUCCAGAUGAAAGGAACAGGAAAUCCUGUCUACGGUAACGAAAUCGUGCUGAAGAAAUGCUGUGUCAAUUUGAUGAUUUCGUUUGUUGAAUUAACCGUCAGUAAGCCAGGUAGUAGAAAUUUCAUCCAAAAUUUAUUUUGAACUUUAAUUUUUUUAUAAAUAGAAUACUAUCAAUUAAAAAUAAUUUUUCACAUAAAUCGUG